GCAUUAUUGGAUGUAAAGUAAACUAUAAUGUGUGUUUAGCUACCACAUGCGAAGGAAUAGCAUUAAAUGUGUUGUGAAUGCAGCAACUAUCGCUGUAAAAGCGGUUGGCAUCGGAAGCACUAUACAGCCGCUAUUGGAACCUAAAGCAUCGGCAGCCGAAAACUUUCGGUCAUCUCCGAUAAUUUCCGCGUUUCGCCGAACAACGCCAACACUUCCUGUCGUCACAGCGAGCGAAAAAUGGCUGCCGACAGAGGAGAAGAGAAAAGGAUACACUUACCAGACCAUCAUGUUUGUUUUGGGAAAUACACAGUCGCCGAGUGUGCUGGGAUCUGGUGGACGGAUGGGCGAGAUGUCUGACAGUUGUGACCUCCCUACUGUUGCCGAAACUCCGUCGACAGAGAUUAUACAUGGAGUCUGACCAAUACCAAAGUCUUCCAAUGUGCCAGAGUAACCAGCUGUGAUUCUCACACAAAGAGGUAGAUUAUUGCCCUUCAGUUUCAGUUCUCUUUGGGUUUUUUCGGUUAAAUUAGAUUGUAAAGAUAUGUGACAAACAUGACACACACA